GCAACAUGGCUGAUACAUUGAUUGAUUUGGAGAUGGCACCAACAGAAAGUGCACCGGAAAUUGUAGAUCAUAAUGAAGAGGAGUUGGCAGAGAUCAAAAAGGAAACGGGCAAUCAAUUAUACAAAACAAAAAAGUACAUACAAGCCAUUCCAUACUAUACAGAAGCAAUAGAGCUGUGUCCUGAUUCGCCAUCAUACUAUGGGAAUCGCUCUGCUUGUUACAUGAUGAUGCAUCAGUAUAAGGAGGCUCUAGAAGAUGCCAGGAAAUCAGUUCUUCUGGAUCCAAGAUUUGUUAAAGGCUAUAUACGAAUUGCAAAGUGCAGCCUUGCCCUUGGAGACAUUACUGCUGCAGAAAAUGCCAUUUCAUUUGUUAAAGAGCUGGAGCCUGCUAACACUGCAAUAUUACCUGAAAUAAAAAAAAUUGAAGUUGUUCGAAGAUUUGAAGAGGAAGCAAAGAAAGCUUAUUUGAAAAAUGACUACAGAAAGGUUGUGUACUGCAUGGACCGUAUGCUGGAGCAAGUGCCUUGCAGUCUGUACAAAUUGCAGAGAGCUGAGUGUCUUGCCCUGAUAGGAAGAUAUCAGGAAGCUCAAGAAGUUGCAAAUGACAUACUGCAUUUUGAUAAACAGAAUGCAGACGCAAUAUAUGUUAGAGGCAUGUGUUUGUACUACCAGGAUAAUGUGGAGAAAGCAUUCAGCCAUUUUCAGCAUGUUCUUAAACUGGCACCAGACCACACAAAAGCAAUGGAUAUUUAUAAGAAAGCCAAGUUGCUAAAACAGAAGAAAGAGGAAGGUAAUGAAGCAUUCAAAUCAAAUAAACUAGCAGAAGCUUAUGCGUUGUACACAGAAGCACUGAAAAUUGACCCAAACAAUAACUCUACAAAUGCAAAAUUGUAUUUUAACCGUGCAACAGUGUGUUCAAAGCUUGGGAGGUUAAAUGAGUCUGUAGCAGAUUGCACAGCAGCACUGUCAUUGGAUCCUAAUUACUUAAAGGCUCUGCUACGAAGAGCGAAGAACUAUAUGGAACUAGGUGAAUAUGAAGAUGCAGUACGUGAUUAUGAAAAUGUUUGCAAAAUGGAUAAAAGCAGAGAGAACAGAAGACUAUUACAAGAAGCCAAAUUAGCUCUUAAAAAAUCCAAACGUAAAGACUACUACAAAAUACUGGGCAUUGACAAGAACGCAUCCACAGAUGAAAUAAAGAAAGCUUAUCGCAAAAGAGCUUUGGUUCAUCAUCCAGAUCGUCAUGCAAGUGCUUCAAGUGAUGAGAAAAAAGAACAAGAAAAGAAAUUCAAGGAAGUUGGAGAAGCAUAUGGAAUACUCUCAGACCCAAAAAAGAGAGCAAGAUAUGACAAUGGCCAAGAUUUAGAAGACCUUGAAGGAAUGGGGAGUGAGGUGGAUCCCUCAACUGUGUUCCAAGCCUUCUUUGGCGAUCAGUACAGCUUCGGAAAUGGAGGAUUUACGUUCCAGUUUGGUUGAGUUGGAUUGUGUGUUACAGUUAUACUUGCAACAUUCCACCCACAGUUUCACUCCUCUUCUUCCAAAUUUUAUUUCUUUGACUUUAAAAGUUACAUACCAAUAAAUGUUUCCUGUGUUCGUUAGAAAAAAAAUCAUUUUUCUUUGACAACAAUAUUAAGUUUAAAAACUUAAUAUUCACUAAAUAUAUUCAGCAUUGCUAACUGAAUUAAAAUAUUGUUAGUAGUGAUCAUCUGUUAUCUUUACUAAGUAUUGGUGGCCUUUCUUACUUGCUUAAUUGUGGUUUAAAAUGGAUGUUGAUGCCAAAAAUAAAAGACUACUGACUGUGUGAUCUCAGUACCACUGCAAUAAUUAGAGAUGUAAGUAAUGUAAACUGCAUUACAUUUUGAUUAGUACAGUACUAGAUUUUAUAAACUUACUAACCGAUCCCAGCCAUUAUCAUGUGCAGUAUGUGUGUCUCUGCAGAUUGUGCCAUUAAUAUUUUGUGAUUAGUUGUCUGUUAAAGUCAUAACAAGUCUUAAAAAGAGGUAAGUUCAAUUUCUCACUGGGUCAGUGGUCUUGAGAACUUUAAGAACAGUCUUUGUAUCAUAGAUAACUACAUAUAAUAAAAUAACAGCAUAAUACAUGGUGGUAUUUGUCAUAAUCCCAGAAUACUGUCUGCAAUGACUCAGCUGAACUCAGUGUUACUGUUAAACUAUGUUUGCUUUAUGUUAGCACAUUCAACAAGUCAGUUGCAUAUUUGAAAUACUUGUGUCAAUAACAGUAAGCUGUAUGGCUGCUGUAGAAUCCCUUUAUUUUGUAAUUGUGUGCGGGAGUGAAGGAACUAAGUGUAUGAAAUGUGGUUUCUGAAGAUAUGCAUGUGCCAUGUGCUGCUGUGCUGUUUAACAAUUUCUUUAAGCUUUUUAACACCUUUGCUUCAUUUUCUUGCCAUCAUAAAUUCCAUUUUCAGAAGUAGUGUAUUUGUACUGAACUUCCAUUGUACUAUAAUUGCUGUGAUGAAACCAUUCGGGUAUAAAAUUUUGUCUUUGAAAGGAUCCAGAAUACAUCACAUGUUCAAAUUUGGAAUGAAUGACUCUGGCAACUGCCAUAAAUGUUAAAAAUGAUCCAAAACUUUGUGAUACAAAGCCAACUAAAUGUGACAUUAAUUUUUCUUAGUUUGUUACUCAAAAGGUGCUUUUUCUAUGUUUGUAGUCUUGAUCCUAACAAUGUUAUCUUAUGGCAGAGAAUAGUUGUAAUGCUGCACCCAGUAUUGGUACUACUGUUAUCGGCUGAAAAAAAGAUGUGUACUUGGUCGCCCCGCUUAAAGAAGGUAGAUACACACUCCACUUAUUAGUGUCAGCUUCUCUGGUUCCAGUUUCUAAUGUAAAUACUAUUCUAUACAAUAAGAUGGGCAGCACAAUUGUAGAAGUUUCAUUUAUAUUGCUGUUGACAGUUACUGCUUAGAAGCAGUGGUAGUUCCAUGAGGGUCUUGUUGUGUAUGUCCAUAUUUAAUGUUCUGUUCUACUUUCUAAAAAUUCUUGAAAGCUGGCUGUAGAUGAGGGUAGUAUGUAAUUUGUUAUAUAUUUGUGAUGAUUUAAAUUUAUCAAUACAGAUUGAAAACUAAAUUUCUUAUUUCAUUAGUUAUUUUGCUUAUGUGGAAACCAAAUUUAUGGUUUAAAGAACUGGAUUAUUUUUGCAGUUCAAAUAAGUAUAAAACAACUAAUGUUAUAAACCUCCCAUAUAAUGUUAUAUGUUGUACAUUUAAAAUUGGAAUUUCUGCAGUUGCUGAUACUGGCCUAAUGUGUCGAAGCCAACUGUAAGCUAAAUAUUAAUAUAUUCUAUCGAGUGUUGACAUGAAAAUAGUAUUCUUAUGAAGCUGAAUAUAGUUUGAUGUGGCAUUUAGAGUGUGUAUUUGACAACUCAUAUUCAUCUUGUAAAUAAUAUACUGUCUGGAACCUGUUUGGUUAGAACAAAAAUCUGUGAACAUUGUAGUGUUAGUCGGUUUUAUACAUUACAUUGAUAAAAAUUGUUGCUUGAAAACACACAUUUCCUUUUUUAUCUUUAGUUAGCUGUGAAUAUAACUGUUUCUAAGGCUGGCUGAAUUAACGAGGUUGUGAGUUUAUGAAAUUGUAAAUUCUAUUACACUUCCUUAACUACUGUUUUAAACCCUCUGAUUAUUUCAUAUACAUGUAAUGUUUUUGCGAUGCCUGAAUCAAAAUAAGAAAGUGAUUGACAGCCACAUAGGAAAGGGGAGGGGUGUUGGUUCACCUUUACCUUGUCUGUGCAGUAUGGCCAGUUCAUCAAGAGCUGUGUACUGGGUACAUUUCACACAUUCUCUGUUACUGUGCAGUAUUGAAUUUGCUGUAGAAAAUCUUAAUAGCCUUAUAACUUUCCUGUGCACGUUGGCAGUAUAGUCUGCAACCAAUCAUGGUAAUUGAUACCUUAGGUAGCAGAGCAAUAUGAUAACAGUGAAAAGAUUGGAAGUUGCCAUGAACUGUCUUCUCCAUUUGGUUGUUGCUGUGGUAGCCGUCCCAUAAACAACUAGCUGUUAAUCACUUUGUUAUUUAUGAUCCAAGUAUUGUUCAUAUUUGUCCACAUUCCUCCAGUAGCGGCAUGCUGCAAAAAUUGGCAAUGGUAAACAUUGAUAGGAAAUUGUAAAAUGAACAGGUGGGGAUAAGUUUAAUGUCAGAGCAUUCAUAGUCAAUCUAACUAUCUCAUUAGUCACACAAUGAUCAGUGCAGGAAGCAAGCAUAUACAAAUACUAACAACUAGUGAAGUGAUAUUGCAAUAAUAUGUUGUUACACAUCUUUAGUCAGCAGCAUUUGACAUAUUGUGUGGUGCGGUACAUGUAAUGUUUCAUAUUAAGGUGAAGAAAGCUCCACUUGUGUUCACUCCAAUAAAAUUAUGCCACUAUGACCCUACUUAAGCACACAAAUGUACAGCAUUAUUGUAGUUAAACUUAAUUUUACUUUACAUUAAACAUGUAUCUCUUUUUCUAAAACUGUAUUUAUUCUUUUAAUAAAUAAUUGAUUUUUAAAAAUUCAAUACAAA